CUAUACAUCUGGGUUUUAGGUUUUUUCUUUUCUUUUUCCUUGAUCCAAUAAAACCCAUCCGGUUUAUCAUACUUGUGUGCAGUUUCUUGGUUCCCAGUACUGCGUGGAUCUUCUCUUUCCGAUCGGACAACAAAGGAAAUGGGUAUAAGGGGUGUUUGUUUGGACGAAGACAAACCCUCAAAAUCAGAAGUUUAUGGCCACCAGAGAUCAAAGUUGCCUGGUAAAGAACCACAAAUUCCGAACACUAAAUACCCUGCCCCGGCAGCCCAAUUGCCGGCAGCAAAGCCAACACUGACACUGAAACCAGUUCACGUGCCAGACACACUCCUGGGUAAGCCAUAUGAAGAUGUUAAGCAACGCUAUACAAUUCGGAGAGAAUUGGGUAAGGGUGAAUUUGGUGUUACACAUCUUUGUACUGAAAUUUCAACUGGUAGACAAUAUGCUUGCAAGUCAAUAUCCAAAAAGAAGCUUCUUACAAAGAAUGAUAUGGAUGAUUUGAAGAGACAGAUCGAGAUUAUGAAUCAUUUGAGUGGGCAGUCCAAUAUUGUUGAAUUGAAGGGUGCUUAUGAGGAUAAGCAAUCAGUUCACCUUGUGAUGGAGUUAUGUUCAAGUAGAUCUCUCUUUGAUCGGAUUAUUGCCAGGGGACAUUAUACUGAAAGGGCCGCGGCUUCAAUAUGCAGGGCAGUCGUGAAUUUUGUGCACGUCUGCCAUUUUAUGGGAGUGAUGCACCGGGACCUCAAGCCAGAGCAUUUCUUAUUUUCUGACAACAGUGAAAAUGCUCCACUGAAGGCUACAGGUUUUGGGUUAGCAGUAUUCAUUGAAGAAGGAAAGGUGUACCAGGAUAUAGUUGGGACUCCUUACUAUGUUGCUCCUGAAGUGUUACGGCGUAGAUAUGGGAAGGAAAUAGAUAUCUGGAGUGCAGGGGUUAUGUUGUAUAUCUUACUCAGUGGUGUACCUCCCUUCUGGGCAGAAACAGAGAAGGGCAUAUUUAAAGCCAUUUUGGAAGGAGAUAUUGACUUUGAAAGUCAGCCUUGGCCAUCUAUAUCGUGUGGUGCCAAGGACCUAGUUCGGAAGAUGCUGACACAGGACCCGAAAAGACGGAUUACUUCUGCCCAAAUUCUUGAGCACCCAUGGAUUAAAGGUGGAGAAGCUUUGGACAAGCCACUAGACAACGUAGUUCUCUCUAGGAUGAAGCAAUUCAGAGCAAUGAGCAAACUGAAGAAGCUUGCGCUGAUGGUCAUUGCAAAAAAUCUCUCUGCACGAGAAAUUCAAGGGCAAGGGCUGGAAACAAUGUUUAUGAAUAUGGACACUGACAAAAGUGGAACAAUCACAUACGAAGAACUAAAAACUGGCUUUGCUCGACUUGGUUCAAAGCUCACUGAGGCUGAAGUUAAGCAGCUCAUGGAAGCUGUUGAUGUGGAUGGAGAUGGGAUAAUUGAUUUCACUGAAUUCAUUACUGCUACAAUGCCUAAACACAAACUAGAGAGAAAGGAACGCCUCUACAAAGCCUUUCUGCAUUUUGAUAAAUAUAAGAGGGGGUUCAUUGCUCGAGAUGAAAUAGAAACAGUGAUGAAAGAACGUGGAGUGGGCAGUGCAGCGACCAUCAAGGAAAUAAUAGCUGAAGUGGACACAAAUAAUGUUGGAAGAAUCAACUACGAGGAGUUUUGUACAAUGAUGACAAGAGGAACCUAGCAGCCUGGCAAGCUUUUUUAGUAAGAUUGAUGACUCUAAAUGGAUAGGCACUCAGUGAAAUCAUCACAAAACUACAUUUGUUGAUCAAAUGGGACCUAAGGAUUUUGAGAUUUCCUCAAAACAGUCUUUUCAUUGUAGCUUAUGUGCAUGACUCUUUGAUAUGAAAGGUUCGCUUCAUUUUUGAGUGAACGAUUUGUAUAUUUCUAAUUUGUGUGCGCAUCUGAGUCUUUGACUCGUUAUGGUCUACUUUUCUUCUUUUUUUAUUAUAUUUGUAUCAUUUGUAAUCUAGACUAUAAAACACAAAUUAUAUUUGCAGUUUAUAGAAGCAUG